UGGCAGUGGUAGUAGGCCCCGGCCUGUGCUAGUUAUGGCGUGCCCUGCACUGCUCCGCGGAAUCCUGCGAGCCGUCUACAGCCGUGUGUCCCCAGGUCUCAGGGGCCCCUGCAGGCGGCUGCAUUAUGUGCAGGGCCAAAGCCCCGAGCCCCGGAUCCGGGAGUAUUUCUACUAUAUUGACCACCAGGGACAGCUCUUCCUAGAUGAUACCAAAGUGAAGAAUUUCAUCACCUGUUUUAAAGACAAACAGUUUCUUGUAUUUUUCUUCAAACAAGUUCGGAGGAACGAGAGUGGUCGGUACGCGGAGGACUUCCCUUAUAUCUCCCCCUGUGGCAGGGAGAGGAAUUACAUUCGCUGUGACGACCGCCCGGUGGUCUUUACCCACCUGCUCAGUGACGAGAGCUUAGAGGCCCAGCACCUGUCAUACUGCGGGGGAGGGGACAAGCUGACGGUCAGGUUUGAGCCCGAGAAGCUCCUCAUGUUACCUGAGAACGGGCGAGUGUAUCACCCGGCCCCGGAGAAGGCUGGAGGCGUUGGACUUGUCAAAUCAUCGCUGGCCUUUGAGCUGAGUCCUUGCUUUGAGUUUGCGUCAGGUGCCAGUGCUGGUACUCCCAUCAGUUUCCACUGGCAGGGGAAGCGUUACCAUCUCAGCAAUGAGCUCCUCGCCCUCAUCUGAGACACCAGAGUCUCCAGGUUUCUUCUGACCCUGAAAUGAAUUUCUCCUGGGGAUCCGCACAGAAGCCGAGAAGACGGAGAAGUGGACAUGUUGUGUUCUUGCUGGAGAGGUGAAGAGCGGGGAAAGCCGAGCCCUAAAUAUGGUCACUCUCAUGAUGUGGGUUUAUACUACAACCCCUAGUCUGUGCUGCCUUACCCUGCGCCCAUGAGGCCGAUGGGGUGGCAUUCAGACUCGGCCUUGCUUGCUCUUGCUGAUUACGCACAGUAGGACCGUUUUAUUAGUUUUUUUGGUGGUUGUUUUUUUUUUUUCUUUUGGGCAUUUUUUAAAAAAUGCACUUUUUUGGCUGAACAUAGUCCUGCUGAGAAAAUGGUGAAUGAAGAGUUAACCUCCGUUCAGGAGGGCUUGCAGUAGCGCCCAGUCCCCGUAGCUGUGUAAUCCAUCUGUACGCCGUCCCGGGCGCUCCCUUCUGCCCUCCAGCGCGGUCGUGAGAAGCGUCACUGCGAUGGCUGAUAACAGCGAGGUUACAGCGUCGUCGGGCACCGCACCACAAUAAAUAUACACAGUGCCCAGUCUUAUGGUUGUAUGGUCUCCAUGUGUGAUCAGCAAUGGCUGUCCGAGCUGGUGGAGCAGCAUGGAGUGAUGCAUUCGGUGCUUCCCACUUACCUUGGUGCUGGAGGGGCUAUCAUUUAUAAUGGUGACCAUGCACAUAGCGGGAAAUCUCAGCCCUCAUAAAUCGGGUGUCCCUGUUAGGACCAAACGUCAGUGAACACUGAUGGAUCCACACCUGGUGGUAAAGUAAUGGUCUGCUCCAUCUACAGCGAGCCUAGCCACGUCUUCAGAUCAUAGAUCCCUACUGAGAAGACUGCAGGGAUCCACUAGUCGGAGCACACAAGGAAUAUUGAUGUAGUAGUGCCGGAGGGUUUGGCAGUAUUCCUAUGUUAUAUAUGGUGGCUCGGAGAAGGUGGGGGUCAGGAUAUAGAUGCCGAUACGUGGGAGGUCUCUGGGGGCGACUUUUCCCAUCUUGUCAGACUCCAGAGCAGAUUUUACUAGUAACCACUGGAGAUGAAUAGGAAGUGCUCAGAAUGUGGCCCCUGCAUUCUCUCCAUGAGCUGAUACGGAGCCAUGGAAACCAGUAUGUGGAUAGGGGAGCGUUGCCUCCUGUGGUCACACAAGGACCUGAUAUCUGCAUUGUGACAGGGCUGAGAGGUGGGUUAGAAAGAUGGGGUAACUGAACCCUAGAAAUCUGCUGCCACCUGACCAUCAUACAGGUCUUUUCCCAUUAUCCCUGAGAUCUGAACAGUGAGGGAUCAGCGGGGAUCAGACGCUUGUUACAUGCAGGGCCCCGGGGGUUGUCCUUUUGUCUCCUGUAUAAGAAGCUCAGGAUCUGUUAUAUGGAGGUCACAAGGGCCGGGGCUUUGUAGAAAGUGAGGGUAUUGAUCCCAGAUGCUGCAGAUGUUGGAUUUGGGUCUCGUCAUUGUUUGUGGGGGUCAUGAUGAUGCUCCCUCCCCAUUUGGGUAAGAUCAGAGGCCACAAACGUAGGGCAGAGGGGAGACCCCAUUAGUAACAUUGAGGGGGUGGAAUAUCUUGGGAACUUGUCAUCAGGCUGUCAAAGUGGAUCCGAAUGUAUUGGAAAGAUUAGACUCAAGCGGGUGCAGAGACUGACCAACAGGAAGGCUUACCACCUUUUAAAGACUGAUGCCAACCUAGCGGGGUAUUACUGAAAAGCUUGUCACCAAGUCUUCUUCUGACCAUGGAACUGUAGGUCCCAUAGUCUUCUGUUACAGCUUAGUCCUUGCUCCCCGUUCUUCUUCUGACCAAGGACUUGGCGGCCCCUUAGUCUUCUGUUACAGUCUGGUCCUUGGUCCCUGGUCUUUUUCUGGCCAUGGACUUAGAGGGACCCUUAGUCUUAUGUUACAGCUUAGUCCUUGCUCCCCGUUCUUCUUCUGACCAAGGACUUGGCGGCCCCUUAGUCUUCUGUUACAGUCUGGUCCUUGGUCCCUGGUCUUUUUCUGGCCAUGGACUUAGAGGGACCCUUAGUCUUAUGUUACAGCUUAGUCCUUGCUCCCCGUUCUUCUUCUGACCAAGGACUUGGCGGCCCCUUAGUCUUCUGUUACAGUCUGGUCCUUGGUCCCUAGUCUUUUUCUGGCCAUGGACUUAUAGGGACCCUUAGUCUUAUGUUACAACUUAGUCCUUGCUCCCCAGUGUUCUUCUGACCAAAGACUUGGCGGCCCCUUAAUCUUCUGUUACAGUCUGGUCCUUGGUUCCUGGUCUUCUUCUGACCAUGGACUUGAAGGCUCCUUAGUCUUGUGAUACAGUCUGGUCCUUGGUUCCUGGUCUUCUUCUGACCAUGGACUUGAAGGCUCCUUAGUCUUCUGGACAUGAAGAUUGUGAUACUAUCAUCUGCCAUGUUGGGCCCGUACCGCCGCCUCUCAGAGGGAUGAUGAAUUCACACUUCUAGCCUCUGUAUAAUCAGGACAUUGUGGCUUCAUCCAUCAGCCGAGCCGCUGAAGAAUGUGCAGCAGAUUACAUCUAACAGCUGGAGAGCGAUAUUCAUUUCUUCUCAUUCUCGCAGAUCAUGAAAAAUGAACGCACAACAGUCAAAAAAUGGCGUGAAAACGGAGUAUACGCAAUGAGGCAUCGAAGAGCGCGCGCACAGGAAGUCAGGGGGCAGCUGCUAAUGGCUUCCCCAGGUCGUAGGAGGUCCAUAAGGAACAUAAAUCAUAGGGGCAUAAGAAUUUUCUACAGCACUGUACACAGAUUUAUCACUCCCAUCAUCCCCAAGUGCAGGAGCUCACAAUCUAGUCUCCCUAUCUCACACACAAAGUAUAACUCCCAUCAUCCCUGAACCCAGGAGCUCACAAUCUAAUCUAACCAUUCACUGCUCAGUGGUACUACCCACAGGUGAGCAAUGUUCAUCAUGAGACUCCUGGUUCAUGAGCUGAAUGCCAGUGUCACAGUGAAGACUGACACACAGGCAGUAGUAGGGAGAAGGAGGGAAAAGCAGCAGUGCUAAUAAUGGUGGCCCUUAGUGAUUGCCACAGAAAAUCAUUUCCUUGCAUACAUCCUUGAUGUAAAUGAUGGGAGUAGUUGUCACUGAUAGGAGAAGCACAUGACUUGCGAGCUCCUGGCCUCCAUGGCAGUCCAUCAGAAGGAUCAAAGAGCCGGCCAAGAUAAUGAUGGGAGUGACGAGAGGGUGCACAGCGGACCCACCCCCCAAUGACUGUCGCCACAAGAUUCUGCACCCUUCAUCUCCCACAACCCCUCCCCCAACCUGACACAGACGAGGUGGCUGUGCUUCAUUAAUAGCCUGGUAGGUGAACCUGACACAGUGGAGAAUA